ACAAAAUGUUCAAAAACGCAACAACUAAAUGAAAAUAAAUAAAACAUUCAUUAGAAAUUGUUGAUUAUGUAUAACAUACGACUGCUGCGGCACCUGCGAUGGCCUGGGGGCCCCCACCGCCUGAUGGCCAGCCAGCAUAAGCGGCCCCAUUUGCUGGGCAGCUCCGACCAGCUGGAGCAGCUGAAGAGCAACUACUUCGAAAGGCGUCAGGAGCUGAGCGGCGAUGAGUGGCACAGCGUGCGGCACUCGCUAAUCGAGGGCUACAGGCACAUCAAUGGCCACAACGUGGACGCCGUCAUCCUGGGCGUGUGCAGCGGGCCACAGCAGCUGCCGCUGGCCAAGAACUACGUGGAUUACCUAAAGAGCACGGGGGCCGAACCCAAUGCGGCCACCCUGGGCCGCCUGCUGCGCGUCUACAAUGCGGCCUAUCACACACGUCCGCUCAGCGAGGAGGAGCAGCGGGACAUACUCAAAAUCUGCGAGUCGCUGCAGGCCGCCCACGAGACUCUGGACGCCACCAGCUGCGAGCAGUUGAUCCACGGCCUGGUGGCCACCACAGACCACUGGCAGCGUGCCCUGCCACUGCUCGAGAUGAUGAAGGUGACCAGCACGCCCAGCGUAUCCGCCUACAGUGCCCUCACAGAAAAGGCCUUCGGGCAGAGCGACCAGACGGAGCUGGCCUGGCGCCUGCUCGAGGAAAUGGUCCUGGCCCGCAAGCAGCCCAAGUGCGAGGUGUACCUGGCCCUGCUCAACCGCCUCGCCCAGGAGCCAGCUACCGCCAGCGUCCAACUGGAGCGUCUGCUGCAGUUCCUGGAGCGCCACAACAUUCUCGUCAGCCAGAAGGUGGCCGAACGGCUGCUCCAGCUGGGCGAGCAGCUGCCACAACAGCUGCGGGUGACCGCCAGUCGACUGGGACCGUUGGGCAAGUGCCUGGAGUGCCGGCAGCAUCUGCAGCCGGUGGCCAUCAGCGAAGAGCAGUUCCGACAGCUGAGCGAAUGCUUCCUGGAGAAGGUGCUCAUUCGGGGCGAUGUGUUCCAGAAGUCCACGCCCGAGGAGGUGCUGCGCUUCAAGCAGUACGUGGAGAAGACCGCACCCUACGACUGUGUGAUCGAUGGCCUCAAUGUGGCCUACUCAACGGGCGCCAAGAAGGCGCCACAGCAGCUGGCAAAGCUGCUCGCGACUGUGGUGCGGCACUUCAAGGAGCGCAACAAGCGUGUGCUGGUCCUUGGACGCGAGCACAUGCGCAAAUGGUCCAAGUCGGCCAUGCACUAUGUGCAGAACAAUGCCAGCCUCUUCCUUACCAACAAUCUGUCGCACGACGAUCCGUUUCUGCUUUAUGCAACGCUGAGAAGCGGCCAAGAGACAGACUUCUUCUCCAGGGAUCUGAUGCGCACCCACGCCUUUCUGCUGGGCGCCGAACUGAAGCCCAUCUUCCGACGCUGGCAGCAGGAGCAUCAGUUCUCGCUGGUAACCCAAACGCAGACGGGAAGGAUCAUUGUCAAGGAGCCCAUACGGCAUCGCCUCUGCGUUCACAAGGCAAAGGCUGGCUCCUGGCAUGUGCCCUACUGCGAGGCGUACACCCCGAAUCCCACCGACAGCUUUGAGGUGCCCGAGCACUGGUUGUGCCUCAGCCUUAAGACUUGAUGGAUGCUCGUGUAUCCCGAUUUAUUGGACUAAAUAUAUGUAGAACCCGA